UCACAGGUAUGGUUCAAGAAUCGGCGAGCGAAGUGCAGGCAACAGUUGCAGCAACAGCAGCAGCAGCAGCAACAGCAACAGCAGCAAGCCUCGCCCUCGAAAGGGUCGCCAAGGUCGAGCCAGGCGCAGAGCAACUCGAGCAACGGUAACAAGAUGUCGACGAGCUCGAGCGCGACCCCGAGCAGGCGUCCCUCGCCUGUCUCUCCGCCACGGGGCAAAGAGGCGCCGGGACCCAACUCGCCUCUCUUGUCGACGACGUCCACGUAUCCACGGUUGGGGGUAACACCGACAGGCGGAAGCGGGGCCAACAGCGCCCUCACCACCCCGUCUCCUCCUUUGACGCCGGGCUCUAGCCAGUUACCGCCGUCUUCUUACCCCCCACCGAUGAACCAAAUUCAUCACGGCGAGUAUGGUUUCACUUGGAGUUCAGCGUCACCAGGCUCGGUGAACCCGAGCCAAUGUUACGCCGGGCAGACUUACAAUGCCUACCAGAACCCGUACACAAGCGGCGAUUAUUAUCAGACCCAGAUCUCUCACAUGCACCACAGCCCCCAGGGAAAUUAUCACCAUCCCCAGUAUCACCACAACAUGGCGCUCACCUCCUCCAUGUCCCACUUGGCCAGCCACCAUUUGAACGCCUCUGGAACCAACGACAUGACCGCCUCACCGUCCGACUCUGACGGCUACAUACUGCCCGAUCAGAAGUAUCAAACGAUGGUAUAGCGGUCCAGCGGGAGGCCCGCGACGGGAAUCUUCAAUCGCGGCCAAGAAACCGCGAUCGGAUCCGCGCCGACGGCGUACAACUGGCGUACAACUGUCAACUCGAC